AGAGAACAAUGAUCUUGGUUGUCAUGUUGGCAUCCAGCCUUGCUGUCCAGACAGUAAUAUGGGUAAAUUUUUAUUCAUGCUAAUUAAAGUUCUUCUGUACAAAUAUUAUUAUAUAUAUUAUAUGUAUUGGGAACCAAAACUAGAAGGAAAAAAUGUGUCUUGCAUUUUAAAAAAAAAAAUUUAAACUGAAUUCAUCUGAUAGGUUUGCUUUGGCAAACAAUGUCAUGAAUACAUUUACAUUUUUUUUACUAAUAAAUGCUACAUGUAACCCAAAAUAAAAUUUUUAAAACCUUGGUGAUAAAACAUUAAAGGUGCAUCCAAUUGGCGCAGUUCUAAUUAUUUUUUUUAUUUUUUAUUUAAUUUAUGAUGGCAACUAUAACUGUAGGUAUUAUCUUUCAAUCUGCAAUUAAAAAAGCAAUGUUUGCAUAAAAUAACUAAUGGUAUUUCAAUGACACAUUAUUUGACCUAAUGUCUUUCCUCCUCACAUUUUAGUUUGAUCCUGUAAUUAUUGAAUUAAUUUCAGUCGUUGUUGAAAAUAGUUGUGACCCAAGAGCCUACUGUCCUCCUAAAUGCACAUGUACCAGUACUAUUGUAAGAUGUAGUGAUCAGCAAAUAAAGGAGGUUCCAAAAUACAUUCCACUAGAUACUACAGAACUGUAAGUCUUAUGAGAGCUCUAUGCAAAUGCCUCAUUUUUUAGAAUCCUUACAAUUAUUAUGGGCUUGAGACUUAGCACUCAUUUGGAGAAAACUUGUUGGUUAAAAAUUUUACCUUUUUAUCUUAAUACAAUUAGAAUAUUGCUAUUUUAUUCAAGUUUGUAAAUAGUUAACUUACUCUUCUAAAGUUUAUAGUACAAAAAUGUUCUACUUAAAGAAUUCACACAUGUAAUAAUAUUUCUACGCAGUUAUCUUGAUGUUAAUGAUAUAACCCAAGUACCUUAUGAAAUUGGUCUUUUAACAAAUUUAAAAAAAUUGUAAGUAUAAUAGGCUACAUUUUUGUAUAUUUUUUUUAUUCUUGUCAACAACAUGUACAGAGCAAAAUGAAUUAAUAACACAUGUAUAAAGUAUAGGCCUACAACAAAUUUUUGUUUUUUAAUUACUUAAGUGAUAAUGAUAUGAAGAAAACAAAACAAGUUGUUUUAUUACACAGAAAAAAACACAUCUGAUUUUUUUUUUAAAACCUAAAUUUAUUGCUAAUACUCACUUUUAUAUUAUUUUCCAGAGAUCUGAGCUACAACAAAAUAGUAACUUUACCUUCACAGAUCUUCUCCAAUCUUACUCAACUAGUAACAUUGUGAGUCAAAAUAAUUAUAUAAUUUUCUCAUAUCAUUUUUUUAUAGUGUUUUUUGACUUGGAAUACAUUUAAAUUUAUUUACAAUAUUUACUUAUUAUCUAUUUAUUAUUAAAAAACAUGUUUAUUUCUUUAAUGAAGACACUAGCUAUUAUAUUUAAAGAAUCUUACUAUAUUUCUAAUUGCCCUAAUUUAAUUCAGAAAAUGAUGUUAACUAUGCUGGUCUCCUCCAUUUUCCGUCUAAUAAUUUAACUAAAAAAUUAUUUUUUACCCCACAGAAUUCUGAGCUACAAUAAUCUUCAAUGCAUAUCAGAAACAAGUUUUUCUAACAUGCAGAAUUUAAGAAUGCUGUAAGAAUUUUUUUAUUAAUACAAAAUAGAAAUUUGCCCAUUCUCAGUCAAUUUAUCUUAUCCAUAACUUUGUGAACUGUGAUAUAGCUAACAUAGAGUAGUGCACUAGCCUCCCUUCCACAAUCACCCAGUUAAAGGCAUUUAGAUUAGGGAGCAGCUUUUUCUAAGGAUAAUAAAUGAAGUACUGGGUUCCUUGUUGUCCUGUCUUUUGAUUCAGUCUUCCACAUACCUUAUUUUACUAUUAGCUUUUUCUAAGUAGCUUAAAAGAUUUGAUAAUUCUAAAUUCUUGCUUCUCCUUUAAUAAAUAUUUUCAAACCUGGCUACUGGUUUAACUUAGCAUGGUUGUGCAAUGCCAAGUUCACCUGUAUAUUAUUUUCUAUCAACUGAUGCAUUCCUAUUUUGCAUGCAGGCUUAUUUGUUUGGGAGAUCUGAAUAUUGCAAUAGCAACCUAAGUUAUAUCAAGGAAACAAAUUUGAACUCAUAUUAUUCUUACAGAUUAUUUUCAUUUUUUAAAUCUUUGUUAUUCAAUACCAUCCAAAAGUAAGUCCCAAUAUGUUGUUUUUAAAGGUAUUACUUAAAAUGUUGGCAUAUUAAAUCAAGAAAUUAAAUACAAAAUAUUUCCCGUAAUCAAAUUUACUUUUCUUUCAGAUCUCUACACGAAAAUAAUUUAUCUUCUAUCCCAUAUGGUGCAUUUGACAGUCUCAAAUCUUUGUCACAGAUGUAAGUGUUACAAUAUUAGAAAAUGCUUAUUAAAGAAUCUGAGAUAAGUUGUAGAUUUAAUGAAAGGGUUAUGUUAUAACCAAAUGUGCUAAUGUCUGAAUCAACAAAUAUAUAUUUUAACACAUAUUUUUUCUUCUUUAGAGCUAUGGGAGGCAAUCCUUUAUUCUGUGAUUGUAAGCUCAAAUGGCUGUCAGACUGGAUUAAGCGUGAUUAUCUUGAGCCUGGAAUUGCUUCUUGUAGUGGACCUGCAUCAAUGAAAUCCAAGCUUUUACUAAGCUCACCAUCAUCAUACUUUGAAUGUCUUGGUAAACAUUUAAAGAGAUUUCUCUUCUUUUUUUUCUUGUUAGAUAUUAAUUAUUUACAAAGUAAAAAUAAAAAUAAGAAGAAAAAAUUCAUGUUUUUGACUUAACUAAUUUGUUCAUAUAUUUUUACAGAAUUUUUUGGACUUGUAUAUAAAAAUGUAUUUGGUCAUGUAUCAAUGAAAACUCUAUAGCCUUCAAAUUUUAUUGAUAAUGGGAUUACUUGAUGUUGCCAAAGAAAAUUUCUUAGAAAAAUUAUUGCAGAUUUGACUUGAUAGCUUUACGUAACUAGGAAAUGCUAACAUUUUGGAUGUGUUAGAUUAUUUUAUACAUUAAUUUAACUUUAUUAAUGUUUUUAAUGUGACAGUGAUUAUACUUGUAAUGCCUUUGAUUUAUUCAUGUAUCAAACAACUGAUACUAAAAUAACUGGUGCUGUGAACAUAUUUUCAAAAACAAAUUCUCACCUUUUAGGAGACCCAGAUCCAAUAGUUGCACAAAAGUGUGAUGUCUGUCUCACAAAUCCUUGCAAGAAUGGAGGGAAAUGUACAACAGUUGAAUUCAAAAGUUUCAAAUGUGAAUGUUCACCUGGUUUCCAUGGGGAUGAAUGUGACCAACAAAUAGAUGCUUGUUUUGGAAACCCUUGCAAUAAUGGUGGGAAAUGUGAAGUUAUGGAACAUGGAAGAUUCAGGUAACCUAGUUUAAACCAAGAAUAUAAUGAUGAAUUAUUACAUUAAGGUUUAAAAAGAGUAUGAAAUUGAAGACCCUAGUGCUAAAAGUACUUAAGUCACAUUUUUGACAUAAAUCAAUCUAAACUGUGACCUUUUCUUAUCUGGUUUAGCCAAGUUUACUGCAUUUGAAUACAUUAAAUGUGCCUAAUUCCCUUAUUUAAUCAAGACAAAAUUUGAAAUGAUCACCUUUUAUAGAUGAAAAGAAUUUGUACUUGUUUAUCUCAUAAUGGUUAUAUUUUGUGAUUUAAGUACUUUUAGCACUUAAGUCUUCAACUUUAUUUAUUUUUUAAAUCCUUUAUAUUAACUUUGCUUUUGUUAGUGUGUUUCAUUCUUUGUGGCAAUGGACAAAAUCUUUGGAAGGCUAAUUGGCUCACUUCCCAUCAUCCUAUCUAGCUGAAAUUCUGCACAUAGACUUGUUGCGAAUGGCAACACAUUCUUUAAAAUGUUCAGCUCCACCCCCGCCAUUAGUUUUUCCUGCUUUUCAAGGGAAAGCUAAUUGAUCCACCCCCAUUAUCCUAUCAAGCUGAAACUUGGAACAUAAACUUGUUGCCAAUGACAACUCAUUUGAUCAAAUUUUCAGCCCCACCCCUAAAAUUCAUUUUUUUCCUUUUUUUCAAGGGAAGAUGAAGGAAAUAUAGUUCAAUGACCUUUUAGCUACGUAGCCAUCUCUAAGUCCCACAAUAUUGCAUUAAACAGUUUUGGGGUAAAUCCACAAGUUUAGCAAACAAAAAUGGAAAUAAAAGAUUUAUAUGAAAAACUUUGUUUUUAAGGGUUGGUUUUAAUUCUUGUUUAUAUUUGAUUUAACAUUUUGCAACUAACAGAUGUCAGUGCCUCAAAGGAUUUGAAGGAGACAGGUGUGAAACAAAUAAAGAUGAUUGUGUCACUCACAAAUGUCUUAACAACGCUACAUGUGUGGAUGAGAUUGAGUCCUAUUCUUGUAGAUGUAAAGAGGGUUUCACAGGUAUUAAUUUUUUUUUUAUAUAUUCUGGUAUUUGACAAUAAUAUGGAAGCAAAGGAUUUUUUUUGUAAUUGUCUAGCUUAAUAGCAUCAAAGUUCAAAUUUUUCUAUCAUGUAUUAAGAAUAAAGAAUUAAUUAAAUAUUAUUGUAUUAAAUAAUCUUUAAAUCAGUGUGCUUGACAUAUUGAAAUGAAAGUUUUUGUUGAACUAAAAUUAUUUGUUUAUUAAUGUGUUAAAUUAAAUGAAGAUAAAUAUUUUGUACCUGUUAUACUUAAUUUUAGGAAAAUGGUGUGAAAAUCCAAUUCCAUAUUGCAAAGAAGGGUUUAAUUACUGUGUCAAUGGUGCGGUUUGUGUUGCUAAGACUGCAGGUUACAGGUAAGCUUAAUAAAUGUAGAGUUUAAUUAAAACAAAUUAAAACUGAAUUUUAUUAUUUUCAAAACAUUCUUAAUUAGCCUGUCAUAAUCUUCAGUUCUUGUUUUAUUUGAGAAUAUAUUUUUUAUUCAUCUAAAAUUGGUUGUUUUUCAUUUUAAAAUAUUGUGGUUUUAGAAAAUCAAGUAAAAUCUUAAAGUAGUACUAUAGAGUAGAGUAAAAUCUUAACAAAUAAUGUAAAUAUGUGUAUACUUUCAAUAACUUCUGUAAAAUUACCUAUCAUUAGUUACUGCACUCAUUGAUGUAAGAAGACUAUUAGUUAAGCAAGAUUUUAUUUAAAUUACCGAGGUAAUGAAAAUAUUCUAUUUUGAAACUUGUAUCACACACUAGUUGUCACUAAUUUUCUUAAUUUUUGCUUUUGUACAUUUAGUUGUGAGUGUGCUCCAGGUUACACUGGUAAAAACUGUUCAGAAAACAUUGAUGAUUGUAAGUCACAUGCCUGUCUUAAUGGCGCUUCAUGUGUAGAUGGCCUGGACUCGUACUCAUGCAUGUGUUCCCCUGGCUUCUCUGGUCGCUUUUGUGAGAUAGCACCACUCCUGGACUUAGUGCCACUACCUAAUUCACAGGACACUGCACCAGCCUGCCGGUUGCACGAAUGCCAGAAUAACGCAGUGUGCUACCAGCCGGCGGGUUCUCCUGAUUAUAAGUGUAAAUGUCCGCAAGGUACUAAACUUAGCAAAGCAGCUUUUUAUGUACAUUAAAUAACUCAUUACAAGAAAAUGGAAAUAACUCUCUGCAAGCGAUAUCCAAGGAAAAUUAUUUUUUAUCACUUUCUAUUAUUUAUUGUUCGCUAGAUCCUAAAUUAUAAACAUAAAAUGAAACAUCACAACUAAACAAUAUGUUAAAGCAUAAAUUUUGAUUGCAGUUUUUUUCUAAUUAGGGUCUUUUGUUAUUUUUUUUAUUUAUUCACUAGGUGUCUCUAAGCUUUCCGUCUCUUUUUUUAAAAAAAAGGCCUAUACUCCAUUCUUCAAAAACAUUAUAUUUACAAUAAUUAGACACAAUUUUUUUUUUAAAUCAGUAAUCUACAUUUAUAUAUCCUUCAGUAUUUGUUUAGAUCCUUUAAGCUUGAGACACCUUUAGGUUUACUUUUAAACUAAAAUGUAAGUCUACUCUAAAACAAAGAAUAUCAUCACUAUAUUUUUUAAGAAAAAGAAUUAAAGUAUGUUUAUUUAUAGUUCAAGAGGACAGAUGGGAUGGUUUAAAAAGAGAAAUGACGUAACUUUAGAAUAUGUACCAGUAUUAAGUUAGAUCAGAGACAACCAUUUUUUUUUCUAAUUUUUUUACCUGUUGGCAAUGUUAUUGUUGAAGAAAUUCAUCUUUAUCAUUCAAGACCAGUAAGUAAAUUUAUUUAAAGCUGUAAUUACAUUCAAAGCUGUGAUAGUGUAGCUAGCAUCACAAAUGCAUUGCCUAGAUGUUAUUAAGUUUCGUUUUGUACAGCUUACUUACAAAUUCAAAUUCAUUAGCCAAUGCCUCCUACUCAUAAAUAAACGUGUUAAAAUCAUAAUGCUUUAUAUGAACCUUAACUAAUGCUUCAGUAUAAACCAUGGUAAAGCUUUAUGUUGUACUUAUGUUUUAAUUUAAAUAUUAGGCCCUAAAGCCUAUUCGAUAUUUUAUUUCAAAUUUUAUUUUAUUUUUAAACUUCAUAUCUGAUGUAAUUAAAGAGAAAAUGUGAAACCCUAAUAUUUGUUAAUAAUCCAAUUCCCACAAAUUUCUAACACAUCAACAGACUCACAAAGAGAAAGGUAGACAUACACGGAGAUAUAGAUUGAUAUAUUUUUUUAUUCUAAAUUGUGGAAAUACUUUCCUUGCAAUAAUACAACCAGGACUAUAAUUAAAUACAAUAAUCCAAGUAUAUUUAAUUUAUAUAACUUUAAAUUCUCCAAUUUACAAUCUUAAAUAGUUGACCUAAUUAGUAAAUAAUUGAGUCAAAAGUGCAUGCAUAAAUUGUCAUAACUCCUUGUGACCUAGUCUUUAAAAAAUGUUACUAUUUGCAUGCAUCAGAUGGGUAAUUACCAGCAAUUUAUAAUGAAAAAAUUAGGACUAGGCGUACUAGAUAAAUGCUAGUUAGUGAUUUUAUAUUAUUUGUUGACCAUGAAGAAAUACUUUUUGUCACAAACUUUAUGCUCAGUUAGUGUAACUUGUUUUCACAUCACUUGUACACUUUAAGUAUUGACACUAUACAAAUCAGUCUUGCAGUGAUUUUUUAAAAAAUUAUUUUACUUCAAUAUUUUGCUAGUAUUAAACUUAAACUUAAACCUUCCAUGCAAAUUUUUCAUCAGGCUGAUUUUAAUUUUGUUUAAAAAAUGGAUUUAAAUUUUUAAAGUUCUGCCAUUUAUUUUUCAGGUUUUGAAGGCAAGAAAUGUGAAAAAUUGACAAGUGUUUCAUUCAAGGACAGAGAUUCUUAUGUUAGGCUGCCAAGAGUUGAUUUCCGCCAGGAAACAAACAUCUCAAUAACAUUCUCAACUAAAAGCCAUAAUGGCAUUCUGCUUUAUGCUGGGGAGCAGCAGCAUGUAGCAGUGGAACUCUUCCGUGGUCUUAUCAAAGUUAGCUUUGAUGUUGGCAAUUAUCCAGGGUCCACCAUGUUCAGCUUUGAGAGGGUAGACGAUGGACAGAUACACCAGAUCACAAUGAUUAUAAACCAGAAGAAUUUUACAAUGAUCAUUGACAAAGUUAAUAAUUCCCAUACUAUUAUUAAUGAAGGAUCAAAGACUCAUUUGGAUCUCCAUGAUUCUCUAUACCUUGGUGGACUGCCCAGUGCUAUCAAUGCUCAGGCUUUUAAAAAAUGGCAUAUCAAAGAUAGUAGCAGCUUUAUAGGUUAGUUAAAAGUCACCACUAGCACAAUUAACUAAGAAAAAGUAUAGCAAGACAUCUUUGAAGUGUGGGCAGGUGAUUUUCUACAGGGAGGGAACAACUUUAUUGAAUUUUAUCAAAUUCGUUUAUUGAAUUUAUCAAGUCAUUCAAAAAUCUAAUCCAUCUCAGUAAAUCAUAAUAACAGAUAAUGCUUUUUCAAACAUACAUUUUAAAAAAAAAUUAUAUUGUGAAUGUUUCAUGCUGGUCAGCUCUAUAAAAACUGUUGUUUUCAGUUUAGGGGGAGAAUUAACAAAUUAUUAAAUUAUACUGAUGUUGUCUCUAAAUUUCAUUUGGAGAUAACCAGAGCUCUGUAAUUAAAACAAAAUAUUAAUCAAUGGUAUUUAUGUCAAAUCAAUUUUUAUUCAAUUUUUUAUUACUUUUUGGCAGGCUGCUUCUCAAAAGUUUAUAUCAAUGGCAAACAAGUUGACCUGCUGAGUUCACAUGAACGAUUCAAGGUCAUACCUGGUUGUGAAACUCCCAGUCAAGAUCCUUGCCACAAUCACUUAUGUCAACGGGGUAAAUGUAAACCAAGACGCAGAAAACCUGGUUAUCGAUGCAAAUGUAAUCAUGGCUACUCUGGAACUUAUUGUGACAGAGGUAAGUUAUAUCAGCUUUCUUAUAAGUUUAUCGUGGCUGUCACUGUUGUCAUUGUUAUUUCUCUAUACAUCUUCCAUUUUGUACUGUGAGAGGUGAUAUAUUUUUUAUUAACCCUUAGAGGCAUUAACUUUUCAGUUUACUAAUUGUUAAAUAAAACAAACUCAAAGAAAUCUAACUUUUUUUUUUCCUACUAAUCCAUUUUUUCUCAAACUAUAAGUACUAAUUAACUUUUUAAAAAGUGUACUCUACAUUUUGGCUACUAAUUUUAUGCAUUAAAACUGCAACACUAAACCUCUAAGGAUUAAUUUUUUAUUUUCACCCCAUAGUACAAUUUGGUGUAAGAAGGCCUGUACAAGAAGAUGGCUAUAGUCGCCUAAAGACUUUUGGGCUCUAA